CCCAAGGCCAGGGGAAACUCAGCUAGGCCCAUGAGUUCAUGACCGUCUACAGUCUACGGAGCACCUUGGUUUCUCCCGCUGAGCUCUUGUUAAUGCUUUCCCUGCUGAAUUUAGCUGUUCUUCUCCAAAGUCCCAAUACAAUAAAAUGUCAGAAAAUCCAUUCGAGUUCAUGUUCAAAAGCCUAGACUCAUUCUCCCGCUGCGCACAAACCCACAUCUCCAAUUUCUUAUCCCCUCUCCAAAAUAAACCCUCUCUCAAAGACAAAUCCGCUCUACUUAAAUCUGUGGACGUCUCUUUAGCCUCCACUUCUUUUACAAAGGAGAAGUCUGCAACUCCUUUGACUAAAGAAGAGCUUGGGAGGGGCACAUGGGCUCUUCUUCACGCAAUUGCAGCUCAGUAUCCUGACCAGCCCACAAGGCAGCAGAAGAGAGAUGCCAAAGAACUGAUGGCUAUACUAUCUCGACUUUAUCCUUGUAAAGAAUGUGCAGAUCAUUUUAAGGACGUUCUCAAAGCAAAUCCCGUACAUGCAGGAUCUCAGGCUGAGUUCUCUCAAUGGCUAUGCCACGUGCACAAUGUCGUGAACCGAAGCCUCGGGAAGCUGACAUUUCCAUGCCAGAGAGUAAAUGCGAGAUGGGGUAAGCUGGACUGUAAGGAUCGAGCAUGUGAUCUUCAGGGAACUCCAGAUUUAAAGUGAAAAAGAAAAAAACAGUUACUUUGUGCAUUGGCACCCUCAUAAAUGAAGGCAUAUAAUUUAUAUUUGAAGGCGAUAAAAAUGUAUUUUCCAUUUAGCCCCCCUUCAAGAGCACGUUGUUGUGGCAUUGGGUUAUCUUUCGCAACUAGGGGAGAAAUAACAUUUUCUUAUUAUUCUCAGUGCUUGGUUUUGUGAAUUGCUAUGUUAUGGGGUACGUUAGAGUGGUACAAAGUUAUGAGCCCGUUUAAUUCCAGAACUUC